AUUAUUACAACCCUGCGUGCACUGUGAGAUCCGCAAUCUCAGAAACUGCUGAGAUCUCUCCGUCGGAGAUUACUCACUAUGGAGACCUGCCCUUCCGUUAAGAACAUUCUUCUUCUAGAUUCAGAAGGAAAACGUAUUGCUGUCAAGUACUAUUCCGAUGACUGGCCAACAAAUAACGCAAAGGAAGCUUUUGAGAAGGCUGUAUUUAACAAGACUCAGAAGACAAAUGCUCGGACAGAAGCGGAGAUAACUAUGUUAGAGAAUAACAUAUUGGUUUACAAGUUUGUUCAAGACCUUUACUUUUAUGUUACUGGGGGUGAAGAUGAAAAUGAGAUCAUCUUAGCUGCUGUUCUUCAGGGAUUCUUUGAUGCUGUUGGUAUCCUACUUAGGGGCAACGUGGAUAAGAGGGAGGCGCUUGAAAAUCUGGAUCUCAUUCUUUUGUGCAUUGAUGAAAUUGUUGACGGCGGAAUUAUUCUGGAAACCGAUGCAAAUAGCAUUGCAACUAAAGUUGCAAGUAACAGUGUGGAUGCUGGAGCACCUCUGUCAGAGCAGACGAUAAGUCAAGCUCUGGCUACUGCACGAGAACAUCUUGCCAGAUCUCUUCUUAAAUGAUGAUAUAUUGGACCCGCAGAAAAGAAAAAAAUAGGUUCAUUUUUUGUUUCCUGGAUGCCAAAAUUGAUGAGAUUCAGAGAAGCUUGAUUUAGCUGCUUCUGUUAUGGUUGUGAAAUCCAACAUUUUGAGAAUGUAGCUGCAACUGCAUUUACUUUGUUUUUCUUGAGAAAAUUUGAAGUGAACGCUUAUGAGAGAGCCAGACAGCGAGUGAUUGCACUUCACUGGUUUUUGAGAGGCAAAUAUCAAGAAUUUAAAAUAGUCUCGUCUCAAAGUAAUAUGUCGAUCGCCACUGUCCGUCGCCAUUGGCGAACUUAUACGUGGCACCAGAAAUGCAAAAAUUGGGCUAAUGUUUGAUU